UCACCUCACCUCACCAAACCCACCUGUCUCUCUCCUGACUAAUCCUCCCGCGGGAAAAAAUAAAAAAAAUAAUGAAAACGCAUCCUCUCUCAAAAUCAAAAUCUGUAAAAUUUCUCAAAUUUUAAACAAAAAUUAAAGUUAGAAAUAUGAUUUUUCCGUCGUCAAUGGUAAACGGCGAGAGAGGCGUCGUAGUUUUGUUCGUGAGUUUCGUCCUCUUUUCUCUACCUUUCUCUCUUCUUUGCCAUGGCCUUAAUCUUGCCGUGCUCUUUUUCUUCGCUCUCUUCCUCGACAUCCGCGCCGAAAAUUCUGCUUCCUUGUCCCAAUUCAAUACCAGGCCAGGUACUUCAUCGGGGAUACUGCUUGGGGCAGUGACACUGCCAGCGGUAAUGAUCUCAAAGUUGAUACAGCUAUCGAGAGCCUACUCGCUGCAUCAAAUUGAACUUCAAGAACUUGAACACAUGACUAUGCAGUAUUGGGCUACAUCUGCAAGUUGCUUUGGUGUGCUUAUUUACUUCUGCAUAGUUAUGCAUUGUGCAUCCAAUGCUAUGCAUCUGCCUCAGUCAUAUAGUGUCCGGGGUGCAACCUGGAGCUUAAUUUGUAUAGUCUUAUAUGCAGCAACUUGUUGUGUCUCUCUUGCUACUAUAUCCCACACUGGGUCUAACACUGCAUUAAAGUUAUUAUGGGAGCUAUUUCAUGGUCUGGUAGCGGUGAAGUUACUUCAGCGGCUUCUUAAUUGUUUCCCUUCUUGUGCUUCAAUUGGGGAAGUUCUUUUGGUGACAACUGGUCUUGUACUUUAUUUUGGUGAUAUGUUGGCAUAUACCAUUGCAAAGGUUUCUGGACAAUUGAUUUCAACAGAUUUCAUUUCUGUGCAAUAUGGAAUGAAAAGAAGUGAGAUUAGUAUUAUUAUACAGGGUGUGUCCAUUGGCCUUCUUCUUUUUCCAAUUUUCUUUAGGUUUGUACUCCACAUAUGUGGAUGUUUAUUAAGUGUGGGCUAUUCUGAAGAAAGGAGCUACAAUGAGAUUCGGAGAUCUAUAUUAUUCUUUACUUCCCUUGGGUUUAUCUUGAUUGUGAUUGCCCCAUCUUGGAUGCAGUUUGUUCACGAUUUUCAAGUACACCCAAUAUUAUGGGUAUUUGCAUUUGUUUUCUCGGAACCAUUUAAAAGAUUAUCAUUGUGUAUCUAUUGGGUGUCUUUGAUAUGUGCAUCUAUUCUGCGUUUCUACAAUAUCUCAAAGAAUAGUAAGAUUGAGAGGAUUCUUCUUCGGAAGUAUUACCAUCUGAUGGCUGUAUUAAUGUUUGUACCUGCUCUUAUCUUUCAGCCAAAAUUUCUUGAUCUAGCAUUUGGUGCAGCUUUGGCUGUCUUCUUGGCAGUAGAAAUUAUGCGAGUUUGGAGAAUUUGGCCUCUGGGACAACUCAUACAUCAAUUUAUGAAUGCUUUCACAGAUCAUCGUGAUUCUGAUCUUCUUAUUGUCAGCCACUUUUCACUGCUAUUGGGCUGUGCAUUUCCAAUUUGGAUGUCAUCUGGGUUUAAUGAUCGACCUCUUGCCCCGUUUGCUGGAAUUUUGAGCCUUGGAAUUGGAGAUACAAUGGCAUCAAUGGUUGGGUACAAGUAUGGUGUCCUCAGGUGGAGCAAAACUGGCAAGAAAACUGUUGAAGGCACAGCAGCCGGCAUAACAUCAGUCCUGGCCGCUUGCUCGGUUUUGCUCCCCCUCUUAGCGUCUACUGGGUAUAUUCUUUCAGAGCACUGGUUCUCUUUGAUUCUAGCAGUAACCUUGAGUGGUUUAUUGGAAGCCUAUACAACUCAGCUGGAUAAUGCUUUCAUACCACUUAUCUUCUACAGCCUUCUCUGUUUGUGAAGCAGUUCCAAACUCCCAAAAAUCAGAUGAUUUUUUUCUGGGCUGGAUUUAGGAUUAACUUGAUUCAUACUGCAGCAGUAGGUGUUUCAGCUUUGAUAAGAGAAGGACCGGUCUGCACAUGUUCAUUUACAGGUCAUAAUUUUUUUUACCUAUUUGUCUCCUACUUUUAGGGGUUCCUGUGACAGAGAUUGAUAGAGUAUAGUCGAAAUUCUUUGAUAUACAUUAUUGUAUUACUGAAAAUAAUUCAUUCUAAAAACAAAUUGUUCUCACUAGCUUAAUGAAAUUGUUUGACUGAGAUACUGUUUACUCGUUUCUCUUACUUGGUGAUUAAAUUGACUUAUGAUUUAUUCUCUUCCCCAAAGUCUCAACCGUUUUGAUGGGGCAUGUAAUACCUCCCAGGAGUUUGAUUACCAUUGAGUCUUAAUAUUAGCUCAUAGACGACAUGCACUGAAAAGUAUUAGGUAAAGGUGAACUAAUGAGAUGAAGAUAUGUGGGUAGAAACUCUAUAAGUUGUCCUUUCUGUUGUACAAAAUGUUUCAGAUGCAUUGUGACCUAGCAAUGGGCGACAAUAAGUUAAUCAGCUGUCUCCUCAUAUACGGUUGCGGAGCUGUAGGGGACUGCCCUAAUGUCCCUUGUAGCUACUGUCUGCAGUCAGAGUUGGCAACUUUCAAAACGAUACACAUUUUCUUACGGUGAUUAAUUUGUUUGUCCUCUAACUUUUGCCAAAUUUCUUAUUUGAUUUCUGCUCUGUACUUGCACAUUUCUACCAGGAAUCUAUGUAGAAAUGGUUCCAUUUCUCUAAA